GUUUUGCGAAGAAAACUGUGUUUUGUGAACUUUGUUUUGAAUUAAAUUAAGUAUUUACAGACGAAUUUCAUGUGUCUGGCACACGAAUUGUAAUACUUAGAGAGACAUAGAAACGUGUGCGUUGGAAAAAGUAUCUCUAAACUUCGAAGGCAAGAAUCAUGACGAAGUUAUUGGAAUGGAUUUCUGUGAUAUCAGCGGUGUUCGCCGUCUGGUAUUCCCUCAUCGGAGGUUAUGUCAAACAUCCCCUCAUUGAGAACAAUAUGAACUUGGUUCUGGUAUCGCCCGUGAUCUUCGUGAUAUUAUUCGGGCUGUACGCGGCGUCUGUCGUUUUAUACCGGGUGUUUACUUUCAACAACUGUGAGGACGCGGCAAAAGAGCUUCAACUCGAAAUUGCAGAAGCAAGAAAGGAUUUACUUGACAAAGGACUUAAAUGGUGAUUCUGUUAAAUUACAUAGCUAUUAUAUUUAAGAUAAACUGCUGUAGUUGUUACUACGGAAUGAUGUAAAUUUUGAAUAAAUAUAAUUUAAUUUACCUUAACAA